GUGACGAAAACAAACGCCUGCUUAGUUUUGUUAAUACAUAUUUCGUUUCUCUCUCUUUCUCAUCGUUUUUGUUUUCUCAAUGAUUGAAUUGUAUUUGAGUGUUGAUAUAUUUGGCCGAAUUGCCGAUGAGUCAUUUCAUCCAUACCAAAUUAUUUUGUGUUAUUAAAGGAAAAUGUCACAAAAACGUGAAGAAUAUUGUGAUCCGGAUUAUAGUCAAUUUCAGCCGGUUCGCUCCCAAGUGGAAAAUGUGGCAAAGAAAAGCCCCGAUCCAAAGUCAGAUGGAAAAGCAAAGAGCACAGAAACACGAAUUGAGGCAAUUCGUCGCAUUGUCGAUCGAGAAUUCAAGAACGAACUCACUAGCAAAGAGCAUGAAUUGGAAGAAAUAAAUAAGAGACUUGAAGAGUCGAAAAAAUUACUGGCCAAAGUGCGGUAUGCGGUUGUUUAUCAUUAUUAUAAUCAGAAGAAUUUGAUUUGUUCGGCGGAAGAAGUGGCAGCUGUUGAAAAAAGUCAGCAGGAAUGCAUGACGAGUUAUCCACCACCUGGUGAUAAACCACAAAUGGCCAUUCAUCCAUCACUUAAAAAAUUAUUGGGAAAACGACCGAUUGAUUAUAAUGAAAUUCUUAAAACACGGCCGGCACGCAGGGCCGCUAAAAAUGCAACGGAACAAUUUCAAAAAAUGGUCAAAAAACCCACAGACACCAAAAUUAAGAUGAGAGAUCUCGCGGGUAAUGUUACAACGGAAUCAUGUCAUGAUGCUGAAAGCAAAAAACCACGGUAUGUCGCACCAACUACAUCGAAUACAACAAUACCCCAAGUAAACUCUGCUCGGGGACGGAACAACUAUCGUCAUAUACUUGUCGUUGGCAAUGUGUCCAAGUAUAUUGGAGACGAAGAGGCUGAAUUGGCUACAAAUGUGACGCACAAGUGGUUGAUUUAUGUGUCAACAAAAAGUGCAGUACCGGUUGAGCAAAUUGUGAGUCGAGCUCGAUUUUUUCUACACGAGUCAUACAAACCGAAUGACAUCAUUGAAGUCGGUGCGCUGCCUUUUCAAAUAUCAAAACGAGGUUGGGGGGAGUUUCCUGUACGUGUUCAACUGUACUUUCAUCCGCAUUUAAUGCAAAAACCAUUGCAAAUUUUCCACACAUUAAUAUUGGAUAAAAAACACACUGGAAUGCAGACAAUGGGUGCUGAGACAAUUGUUGAGGUAUGGUUAAAUAUUCCAAAUACAGUAACUGAUGAAGCGCAACCAUCGACAAGCUAUGAUUCAUCCUCAAAGCAAAGUAACGUCACAAAUGACAGUAGUUCAGUGAAGGUGGCACCACCACGGCAUAAUUCUCCCAUUGAACCAUCUAAAAGUAAUGUGACACCAUGUAAUUCUUCCAAACAAUCUCCUUACAAUUCAUUACAAUCUCUACCGAGUACGUCAGCUCAGGCGAUGGCACGACCGGUGUUGCCAAAAUUGGUACAACCCGAACCGGUAAUAAAACAAGAGGUCAUUACUAAAGAAGAGCCAAUGGAAAUUGUUGAGAAUCAGAAAAAUGGUCAGAAACCACCUCAACUAACCCCAAUAAUAAAAAUAAAAACUGAACAACCGUCACUGCCUCUUGAACUAGCACCAUCCGUUCCUCUAAUCAGAAUCUGUGAUCAAAAUAAAUUAAAAACAAAUCCACCGCAAAAUAUUGCGACCAUGGUUAAACCGAAUACGAAGAAGACCUACAUGAAAUGCGUUGGAAAAGAUGGUAAAGUCUCCUUGAUGGAGCUGGUACAAGAUGAAAAGAAUCCGAAAUUAUUCAAAAUGGUGCUACCGCACGGUGUUCAAGCCAACAACUUCAAGAUGGUACCACAAGGUCGAGUCGGUACGCCGGUCGUGCUUCCGUCAAAUUCGAUAAGACCAAUUAAUGUCAUUGGUCAGUCUCCAAAGGUUGGUACACCAUUGAUUCGAACAUUGAGUGCACCAAAUAGUUUAGCAAAUAUUUCAAUAAAUUCUCCGGCAAAAUUAGUUCCAACUAUAGUAAAUCCCAAUCAAAUGGUAAAUCGUCGAAUAUCGAUCGGUAAUAUUACGAGCCCAUUGAAAACAAUGCCAAAAUUAGUUGCGAUCAAUUCACCGCGUCCUUCAACUAGCCGAUUCAUUCCGUCACCGAAAAUUAACGUCGUUCCCACACAAAAUAUUACUUCUAUUCCGACUUCGUCGCCGAAUAAGACAUCGACCACUAGUCUUAUUCAUAAAAACAACAAAGUGUUGAUUUUGGAUACGAAUCGAAUGUCAAAAACACAACAACAAUCACUAUUGAAGCCUCAAGUUAGCUUACUGAAACCGCGACCCAUGCCAAUGAAUUCGGCCCUGAAGAAAAUCACCGUCAGCAAUAUAAGCGGACUUGAGAAUAAAAAUAUCAACGUUUUCCUCCCGGCUGACAUGAAAUUUGACAUCAAUGCUCAAACAAAGUCACAAGCAGAACGGCAACGGUAUGGAGCCGAACUGGAGCAACGGUUUAUAGCACGUAAAUCGUUCACAAAUAUGACCGAUGCCAUUGGAUGGCUUUUGAAGGAGAUUCAAUUGAUAUCACCAUUAGCCGCACAAUCUGAGUUUAGGGAAGCGUUUCCAUUCACGGUGAAGAGCACUGCUGAUUUUCACAGUCUCCUAAUUGCAAAGCAGAGGAGUUUUGAGUGGUUACGUGCCAAACACAUAAGUCGUUUAGUCCAAAAACACGAUUCAUUAAGAAAUUUCAAAAAAUGGUGUACUAAAGACAUCGUGUUAUUUGGCCGUUGGUUUGGAUACACCCCGCCGUCAGUGUUUAAUUUUCAAAAAGCGUCCAUUAAAAAGGAAAACGAUCAAAAUGUCCGUGAAAUCGUUAAAACUGAGUUGAUUCGAGAGCAAUUACAAAAUGACACCAUCAGUUUCAACAAGAAAUUAACCAAAUGGAUCGAAGAAGUAGAAGAAACGUCUAAAAAUGUAAAAGAGUCAAUUGAUGAACAAAUCAUUAUCGUGGACGACGAGAAUGAAGAUCAACCCCAAAAGGAGUCUAGCCCAUUAAAAGCCGACGAAAAUUUCAUGCAUUUACCGCUUCAGUGUGGACACGAUGAAUUGAUGUGGAUCAAUGAAGAAUUUCGAAAAAUGCAAAUUCGAGUCGGCCAAGAGGAAAUUGUCGAAGGUGUUUUACAUCGAAGUGCUGAACUUGUCUUCACAAUUGCACUGAGGUCGUUCCUUGAGGAUUUACUUCGAAAAUGUAGCGGCAAUAAACAGCGUACAGUAAAUUCUGAAAGUUCCUACAUAGAGAUAAACAACGAUGAUGUAUUGCGCACGAUAUCAUCAACGCGAUAUCAGCAUUUUGAUUUUUUAACAAACAAACAUUUUGGCAUCGAAAAAUCCAAUCCUAGCAAAUAAUCACUGUGUCAUCAUUUUUAUUGAUAUUUAUUGUAACGGAACAAAUUUUGAUACAAACAAACAUCCGCAUGAUUUUUUUUGUAUUAACAUUGAUAUUUGAACUCACGUUUUUUAGAAGUUGAUCGAUAUUUUUAAAUGAAGUAUUUUGGAAUAAAAUUUAUAGUCAUUUUUGAAAAGAAGCAUCGUAUAUUAUUAGCACCAGAUUUUCCAUUCGGAACUAUUAAUUUGCAUUACCUUGAAUAUCAUCGGGCAUUAAUCAUUUGUACA